ACAGCGCAGCGACUAGAAAACAAUCGCGUCUGGAUUUUUCUCUCGCACUUGUCGGUGGGAAAUUGUUGUGAAAUAGUGGGUGAUUGUGCGUAGCAGUGACUUGAGGAUGCCUCUCGAGAAUCCGCAGCAGUAUUUGCACCUCGUGAUCAACACGGGAAAUGUGCUGGGCGUGAACAAGAAGGCCGGCCAGAAGCCGUCAGAAGAGCUGGUGGACUGCCUGCGCGCCACGCUCGACGCCGCGUCCGUGGCGGUGGGCAAGGGCGGCGGCGCCGCCGUGUCCAGGGCCAGCGACGACCUGCGCGAGAAGGUGACGGAGCACGAGCGCGCCAACGUGAAGAUCGGCGCCAAGCUGUUCCUCAACGACAACUCCACGGACAACCUGAAGAGCGCCAUCGACACGCUGUUCAGCGUGCUGGGCGUGGAGUGCCUGGACAACCUCAUCCUGGCCUACCAUCCGCAGGGCCGGACGACGAACGGCGUGGCCAACGGCGACGCCGAGGAGGCCAAGGAGGGCGGCGUCAUGGAUUGGACCGGCGGCCGCGCGGACGCCAUCCCAGACCUGAAGGCGCUGUGGCGCGAGAUGGAACGCUAUGCGCUGGAGAAGAAGGUCACGCAGCUGGGCAUCGCCGAUCUGGACGUGAAUUCGCUGCAGGAACUGCACAGCGUCUCGGAAUUCCAUCCGUCCAUCGCGCAGAUCAACAUCAGCACGUGCUGCGUGGUUCCGCCGCCGCUGCAGGAGUUCUGCCACCAGAACGACAUCCAGCUGCUGACGCACAGCGAUCCGGAAGAGAUUCUGUCCAGAGACACGCUGGCGGGCGAAUUGAACGUGAAAGGCUUCACACCCAAGUGGACAAUGAGAUUUCAGGUGCACGUGAAGUGUCGAGGCGUCCUGGCGGCCAAAGGAUACGUCGUUGGUGCGCGACGAGAGUGAAUUUGAGGUGCGCUUUUGGGGGCUAAAAAAUAUUCAGGGAUUGAUGAAAAAGUGCCGCAACGACUUUUUGUACACAAAAUGUUUCUUUUCUCAAAAACAGUUAACUCUUUUGAUAUACAAUAAUGAUUGCAAUCACUCUGAGUGACAUGAAAUAGUGGCUAUUUUGACUAUAUAGAUAUAUUUGAACAUUCCUUUGAAGGGCACAGAAGAAGAAAAAGGAGGAGAAAGUGCGAAAGCUGUGCGCCAAGUAUGAUGGAAUUUUGCGAACAAAUGCAUUUUUGUUAUGGUUUUUUUUUUUAUCUGUCUUGAAACUUUUAUAUGGAACAUUUUUAUUGAUGCGCAGGCAAGAGGAUUUGUUAGACGAUUGUGAGGCUUUAGAGAGAGAGAGAGAGAUAGAGCGUUGUAAUAGAGCACUGUUGUAAAUGUGUGUUUUACACUCUUUGUAAAUGUUUAAAAGAAAAUAAUAGUAAUAUAAAUUGUGGGCAGUGAAAGAGAUGUGAAAUGUAAAGUGUGUUAUCACUGAAAGUCUGUUGUUUUUCUCGUCCAAAGUUGAUGGUGAAAAGGCGCCCAGAGAGUUGAUUUAGCAUUUUUUGCAAUAUAGAAAGAGUGUUUAAAGCGCUGACUUUCCCAAUAAAUACGAUAUUUUGUAUGAAAUGGCUGAAAAGGAGGCGGAGAAGAAGCGCGGCGCAGAUUCGCGAAGGUCUUGUGCAGUCGUCAUGUGAAAAAUAUGAAAGAAGCUCUGCUGAACACAUUUUAUAUAUAUAUACACUAUAUGUGAAAUUUAUUGCGAAUAAUAAAUAAAAUGUGACCAUUGGAUCGAUUCUUGUUGAUGAA